GAGAACAUUCGCAGGCAAAAUUUGAUAGUUUGAAGUAUUUUACUCAAAAAUUAUUUUGUUUUAUUAUUACUCAAUUCAAAUAUACUUUAUGGAAAAAUAAUAGUAAUAUAAUCAUUUCUUUAUAAUUCACUCAUGUUAUUCUUUUCUAGAACGAUGAAACAAAAGCAGAAUUAUCUGUUUUUUCUUAAACUUGCGUAGAAUGGAUCGAAUUGAAUUGAAAGAAAAACAUACAGUGCUGUCAAUUGAUUUGGUUUAUUUUCGUCAUUUCAUUCGUUUUGUGAAGUGUAUUAAAAUAUACAGUUGAAGACUUACGAAAUUCUUUGUAUCCUUGAACUUAAUAGAUUGGUUUCAAAUCCAAAUCCAAAAAACGUGUUAGUUUUUAAUUUGCGAUAAAACGCUUUCGAUCGAUGAAAAUCCUUUGUAUGAAUUUCGCGCUUUGUUCUUGUAAAAGUUAUUUUUACGCGUUUGCAGCAAAGUCGAGAAUAUGUAGAUGAUAAUAAAUUAAGCGUAGUAUAUAAUUUUCCAAGUCGAAAUCAAUCGCAGUAAAUGUAUAAGUGAUAAGCAAAAACAAAUUUAAAAUGGCUCACUUCAGUCGUCGCGAUACUACGUAUAGCGCCCUAGACAAUGAAACGUCUCCGCCUUUGGCUCAUUUGGCAGAUUCUACAAAUGCUGCACCUAUGAUGCUAACCCUGGACCAUGAACAUGAAGACGCUACUAAUGUUAUCAUCCAUAAAGUACCAAAAAAUAAAGGAGGAUGGACUCAUAUAGAAGAUCUAGACUCUUUCUUCACAAGAAUGUAUCAUUACUACAUAAGAGGAGGAUUUUACCCAAUGAUUAUGUCAGAUUUUUUUUACUUAUUACAAUUUGUUUUCAUCAUAUGGUUUUCAACAUUUUUGGUGCACUGUGUCAAAUAUCCUGUUCUAUUCAGAAAUGACCCAAAUGCAAACAGGAGUGAGAAACUUAGUUUAAACGAUGUGAUAUAUUCAAGUUCAGUAUGUGUGGGAUUUAUUUCUUGGCACUGGUGGUGCCUCAUCAUGUUAUGUUCUAUCAUUUGGAUUAUGAGACUAGUCUUAUCAAUAUAUCAUUUAUAUUAUGCAUAUGAUACAAAAUUAUUUUAUAAUAAUGCACUUAAAAUAAAAGAUAGUGAUCUAGUAUGGGUAAGCUGGUCUACAGUCCAGGACAGAGUCCGGGAAGCUCAACCUGAACAUCAUAUGUGUGUCCACAAACAGGAAAUUAAUGAGUUAGAUAUCUAUCAUCGAAUCCUGAGGUUUAACAACUACAUGGUAGCCAUGGUUAACAAAAGUUUACUGCCGCUACAGAUACAUGUGCCUUUUGUGGGUGAUUUCCACUACUUGUCUAAAGGUUUAAAGUGGAAUUUGGAAUUUCUCUUAUUCUCUAGUCCGUGGAGUCCCUGGGAAAACUGCUGGCAGCUGCGGGAGUGCUAUAAAGACCAUUCGAAACGGAUGAUAUUGGCUCGUCAGCUGGAGAGGCAGAUCUUGUUCCUGGCACUGAUUAAUCUGUUACUGACACCGCUUAUACAGGCUUGGCAGAUUCUAUAUUUCUUCUUCAACUAUGCAGAGCUAAUAAAGCGGUCGCCGGGCUCGCUGGGGCUGCGCACGUGGUCGCUGUACGCGCGCGUUACGCUGCGGCACUUCAACGAGCUGGAGCACGAGCUGCGAGACAGGCUCAACCGCGCGCACAAGCCCGCCACCAAGUACCUGGCCAGCUUCUCCUCGCCUAUCACCACGGUUAUCGCCAAGAAUGUGAUGUUCUUCUCGGCGAGCGUUUUGGGCGUGCUGGUGAUGCUGUCGGUGUACGACGAGGACGUACUGACGGUGGAGCAUGUGCUGACCAUCAUCACCAUCCUCGGCUGCGUGCUGGCCGGCGCCAGGGCGUUGAUCGGGGAGGAGGAGCGGCUGUCGGGCGGAUGCGCGGGCCCGGCGCGCGGCGAGGAGCUGUUCGUGCAGGUGCUGGGCCACGUGCACUACCUGCCCGCGGCGUGGCGCGGCCGCGCGCACACCAAGGACGUCGCCGCGCACUUCCAGCAGCUGUUCCAGUUUCGCGCGGUGUACAUCCUCUUCGAGGUACUGAGCCCGCUGCUGAGCCCGCUUGUACUGUACCGGCUGCGCUCGCGUGCACUCGACAUCGUCGACUUCUACCGCAACUUUACCGUCAGCGUGCUGGGCAUCGGCGACGUGUGCUCCUUCGCACAGUUGGACAUCCGGCGCCACGGACACCCCGAUUGGCAGGCCCCGGGCAAACAUGCUGAAAAAGCGAAAGGCAACACGCAGUACAACCAAGGCGAGGGUGGCAAGACGGAGCUAUCGCUGGUGGCGUUCUCGUGCCGGCACCCCGGCUGGCAGCCCGCCGAGCCCGCGCAGCGCCACUUCCUGCGCUCGCUGCGCCAGAGCAUGCACCACGCCGUGCCCGCCAACAACGCGCUGAACAAAACGAUGCUCGGGUCGUAUAUACAGCAGAGCAUAUUUGGCACCAACACUCCCCUGCCUGCCGUGCUCUCCUACUACCAACAGCGGCAGCCAUAUAGAUUACCUGACAUGGACGAGACGAGCGACGAGGAGGAGGACGGGCCGGGGUCGGCGGUGAGCAGCGCGCGCGUGAGCUCGCGCUCGUUCGGCCUCGCGGGCGCCAGCAGCGGCCUCGGUGCCAGCGCGCUCGGCCUCGUGCCCGCCGACGCGCCCGCUGACGAGACGCGCGACAUGUCCGUCAGCACCCUGCAUCUCUAUGAUCUGCACAUCUCGCACGCAUCGCCGUCGGUGGGCGCGUGUUGCGUGAACAACUGCUCGGACCGGCAGGGCCGCUGGGGGCAGGGCGAGCACACGCCGCUGCUGCACCACCCAUAACGCCGGUCGCCGCCGCUGCCCCGCCCCGCCCCGGUCUGGGUAUAGACAGGGUUCCCUACCGUAUUUCGACACGCGACCGGUGCUCGCUCCAGCUAGAGAAUGAAUAAUGAUGGAACUUGAAAUCAUAUUUCAUUGACGAUGCAAAACGCAAUGAGGAUUGUUUCAUUAUUAAUCAUUAAUAAAAAAAUAGAAUCGUGCUGCGCCAUCAGUGAGCACCCGUCCGUAAGACUCGGAUGUGGACGUCUGCCGUCGUUAACUAUUCAGGACUUUAGAAACUGUAAAUAUAUACAUUUAAUUAGGUAUUUUUUUAAUUGUAUAAAUAUCGAAUCAUACCUUGCGAUUUAGAUGCAAGUAAAUAAUUUUAGUAACGUUUUACGUUACAUAAGUAAAUUUGAGGCGGCCGGCUAUUACACUAUUUCUUGAUUAUUGAACUUAUGCAAAAACGUUUCACGACCGACAUGGCUUUUUCGCACUAUAUUCCUUGUAAGUAUAUGUAAUCCACCAUACCUCAAUUGUCGCCGUGAAGUUUUACUAACCUAAAUACGAAUUAUCCUUACAAAAGAGUAAUGUUUAAUGUUUCUAAUUGAGAAAUUGCCCAAAUAAUCUAUAAAAUAUUUGACCUUUUUUGUUUGUCGUAUAGGGACAUGACAUAUUCGACAAUUGUUAUUAUAAUACCAACCUAUAAUUAUAAAUGCCGUUCUAGCGUACUAUGGUACAACAGUAUAUAGAAAUUAUAUUAGUAUGUAAUUAUUUUAUGACUGUCCUUAAUACCGCCAGCUCCAUAACCAGACGAACCAAAUCAAUAACAUAAAUGGACGGUAUAAUUCUAAUACAAUUAUUUUAUUUACUUUUUUUAUUACGGGUAGGUCUUUUCUCAAUCAAUUCAUGAAUAUAGAUAAAAUACAAAUACUAAUAGUAAUAUAACUAACUUGUUUAGGUAUGUAUUGCAUGGUUCAGUACCCAACUGUGAUGAUUGAUUUUUCAGUUCAUUAUUAAGGAUGACAGAAGUCGCGGUAGUUGUAUUUUGUCUUCACUUUUUAAAGGAAUAGCUCCUUGGAACUGUAUUUUGAGGCUUUGAUAUUCUUGUACUAAUAUUAUAUUACAAAUAAUGCAAUAGGGACGCUCGUAAUCAUACCUUUAGGGGUUAAAUAAGUAACUUAACUGUAGUUCAUAAUACUUUUAAUGAUUUCAAACACAAAUAAAUUAAUCGUCAGUGGAGUCUGCGACAUAGGACAAAAUUAACUAAGGUAUAUAAUUGGUUACCUUUUUAUGAACAUUAAAUGGUGUUAAGUUUUAAUACUGAAAUGUGAUAACAACAUCAUUUUAUACACUGACCUAGACGCUUCGUACGGGUAAAUACAAUACAUUCAAAUUUUAUUUACAAUAUAAUAUAUAUUAUAUUUUACAUUCAUCGAAAACCUUCAAUCACGAUACUAGUUAUAGUUAUAUUUUAUUAUUAUGAAUUACUUGGUAACACUUAACUAAGUUUUAUAGGCAUGACCAGAGCCCAUUUAACGCUAAGUUUUCAUGGUCCCAUACAUUGUCUCUGCCAAGUCGGAGCAAACUUAGCGUGGACGGACUCUACUCGCAAUACUAUAUCCUACGUAGAAAACUUAAACCAUUAACAAAUUUACUUGGUUGUAUUUUGAUUUACAACGCAAUUUUUAAACUGGGGGACGUUUAACGACAAAAACGAAAAAAUAAACUUGACCAAUAAGUUUAAUUAUCUGAAUUUAUUGAAAUAAUGAGUUUUUAAACUUACUGAUUUUACUAUAGCAUCUAGAAAUUACUUACGAGAAUAUGGUUCUGGAUAAUAGAAUCAAAUGAAAAAAGUGUAUAUAAAUGAACAACGCAGAAGAACAAAACAGAGGCAAAUACAGGCAUUGUUUCAUUGCUAAUUAAAGUUUCGAGCAGCCACUGGUUUAUUAAACGAAUUGAAUUUAGUGAUGACCACCAUAUAUGACACAGAACCCCACUAUCGUCUGUGAAGUCUGUGCCAUCGAUACAAGGUUGCUGGCGGAGAGUAGGAUGUAUUGAAAAUUACCCCACUGAGUUACAAGACCUAGCUAUUAUAAUAUUGGUUUCGACAUGCAACAAUCGUUAUUCAAUCUUAUUAUCUGUUGAAAGUGUUGGCAUCAGAUACGUCACCAUAACUCAUAACGUAGCAUACCUUACAUAUUUGCAACAUUUGAUUGGUCGGGUCAUUUGCACCAACCACAAUUAGCGGGCUGAGCCACGUCAAUAAGCGGUGAUUGAGACUUCCCAUAUAAUACAUUUCAGCGAACAUUUUAACAGUGACUAACGGUUUGGCGCAACCGACCCUUAAUAAUAUAUUUAUGUUCACAUAAUAAUUUAUUUAUUUGCAACCUUGAGUACCUUCACUCUUACAAGGAAACAUACCCAACUGUCCGGCUCCGAUUUGAUUUAUUUUUAUAUACUUUGGAGGACUAUUUCUCCCAAUGGGUUGAGAUUGGGCAGCUAGAAAAAUACGUGCCUAUUAUUUUAAAGUAAGUAAGUAAGUAAAUAUUCUUUAGGCCGAGCCCAAUAUCAUCGACGAAACGAAAUUCCACAGACUUCGCUGGUUCGGUCAUCUACCCAUAAUGGGAGAGGAUCGGGCUGUCCGAUGGGUCGGCCCAAGUAUCACUGGGAAGACAGUGUGGCGGCGCAUCUGUUUCAGCUUCGCAUCAGUAACUGGCAGGAAGUUGCGCAGGAUCGGGACAGGUGGCACGCUCUCGUUUCGGAGGCCAAGAUUCUUUUUGGAUCACCGCGCCAAAAUAGUUAGUUAUUUCUUUAGACUACUCUAUAACAUAUAUCAAAAUAAAUCACAAUAUAUUCCAAGGAAUAUCAAUUCCUCCUUUAUGGAGGAAUCCAUCUACAUUUGUCACUCAUUACCACUUUAUUGGAAUAAGGAGGUAAAUAUUCUUUAUUGCACCAAUAAUAAUACAUUUUACGUGUAAAACUACAAAGAAAUUUAAUUAUUUAAAUUAUAAUUUAUUUAUUUAUUUCGAAUACUCAAUUCGUUAAUUUAAAAAAAUAUAUCAAUGAUACUUUGUAUAAUCUUACAACGACAUAAUGAUGCGGGGAACUUAAUAACAUUAUAUGUUUACACUUAUCGUUUAUAGCAUAGACAUAGCAGUGCAAUAAUUAAUCUAAGCAAUCAAUUGUACACAAUGAUUUAAUGUUUGUGUGGUAUCAAUGUUUCGAUCUUCCUAAACGGCGGCAUGCCACGGCCGCCCUCAAGAGCGAUAGUUAUCUCGUACAUUCUCAUUGUUGUGUGACUCAUGUCAUGCCGCUCUUUCGCCGAACUAUAGAAUCGAUUUACUGUGGCAACGUGUUAUGAGUGAGCGCUUCGGUUUGUUUUUAAAACACAUUCACCUUAGUUUUGUUAAGGUGCAGAUGCCAAUUUGCGCAAAAAAUAUUCAUUAAACCUAGUCCUCCAUUUGAAACAUCACCUUGUAAUUUAUACGAAUAAAUUUUGAGUACAUUAUGACUUUAUUCCGAUCCUACAUAUGCUUUAAACAAUGUUAAAAGGUGAAAAUCAUAAAAGAAAGUGCAUAGUUAGUUUUUUGUUAAAUCAGAAAUCGAAAAACAUAAUUACUUAGUUAUCAAACUCAUGCGGGCCCUUUUCGCCUUGUUCGCCUUUAGGCACCGUGUACAAAUAGUACAGGAUUUUCGUCGUACCGUACGUGGACAUGGACACUUGGACAGCCGUCAUCAGAUUUAUCGGAUCGGCCACGGUGCUAACAAAAUCUUAAUCUAUGGUUCAGAUGUUUAUAAACACUUAACCGUUUCGAUAAAUUUGAAGACGACUGUACAGAACCUGGUUGAGAAGAGUGGUUUGCACUCGGUUGAGAAGAGUGCAAACCCAAAUUAUGUAAUAUUUUUAAUAACUUAUUGAUUGUUUUAUAGAAAUAUAAAAUUGCCCUCUGAAUCCUCUGAUGUUUAGAAAUAGAUUCUGACGUUUCAAAUGUAACUAUUAUUUACCUUUGUAUGCUAGAGUGCUCUCAUAAAGGUACUUGAUUGUGGAAUCGGUGUUAAAACUGUUUUCUUAUUUAGAAUAGAAUAUAAUUUAUUCGUAAACACACAAACAGUCAAUAGACAGACAUAAAAGAGAACAUAGAAUAAAGUGUCACGAAAUGGCCGCAUCUCAACAUGUUGCUGGCGACUUCCAGCGCUGAUCUUCCGAUAAGAACAUCAAGUGAGAAAUAAGAUUUAUUUGUUGGUGACGUCCUCACAGUUAGUAUCUUUAUGACAGUACCCCUGGUCCCAACAUGUGUUCAAUCAAAUGUAUUCAAUUAUCUGUCUGUGAAUUAGGUUAGACGCUUAUUAAAUUUACUGUACAUAUUUUAGAUGUUGAAAUUUCUAUUAUCGGAUACAUUUUGUGAUCUUAGAAUAUAGAUUUGUCGUCAAUGAUAUGUCCUCACCAAAUCUGUACUGGUUCAAUUUCUAUGUUAAUAUUAUUGACACUUAUUUAUUUAUGUAGAUCAUCAAAUUUGUAUUGUCGACAAAGUAAAAAAAAUCCUUAAGAAUGGACAAUGAUAUAUAUAAAUUGUUUCUAGAGCUGUUCUGGACCUUAUGGCAAAAAUCUAAUUUGUAGAGGCACAGUCACAUUAAGUACUUUGUACUACAUACAAGGAGGGGGUCUUCUUAAGAGGGAAAUAUACUACAUGAUCGUCCAUACAAAAGGAGAAAACGUUUUGCUUACUUCUAAAUAUUUUCCAUUUUUUAUGUUUUUUAGUAUGUUAUUGACACAAUGAAAAUCUAGGUUUAAAUGUU